AGCAACAUGGCGCGCUCUGGGAAUAAGGCAGCUGUUGUGCUGUGUGUGGAUGUGAGCUCUACCAUGAAUGAUUCCUUUGUUGGUGAAGAAUCCUCAUUUGAACUAGCAAAGAAAUUGAUAACCAUGUUUGUGCAGCGACAGGUAUUUGCAGAGAGCAAGGAUGAAGUUGCAGUCGUUCUUUUUGGUACCGAUGACACUAAAAAUGUCCUUGCUAGAGAAGACCAGUAUCAGAACAUCACAGUGCACAGACAUCUGAUGCUACCAGAUUUUGACUUGCUGGAGGACAUUGAAAACAAAAUCCAGCCAGGUUCUCAACAUGCUGACUUUGUCGACGCGCUCAUCGUGUGCAUGGAUUUGAUUCAGCACGAAACAGUAGGAAAGAAAUUUGAGAAGAGGCAUAUUGAAGUCUUCACUGAUCUCAACAGCCCAUUUAGCCAAGACCAACUGGAGAUUGUGAUCAACAACUUGAGGAAAUCUGGCAUCUCCCUGCAGUUCUUCCUUCCCUUCCCUGUUGGCAAGGAAGAUGGAACUGGGGACAGAGGAGAUGGCAGCGCACCCUCAGCCCAUCAUAGAGCCCCAUUUCCUCUAAAAGGAAUCACCGAGCAGCAGAAAGAAGGUAUCCGGAUAGUGAAAAAAGUAAUGAUGUCUUUAGAAGGUGAAGAUGGGCUGGAUGAAAUUUAUUCUUUUAGUGAAAGUCUGAGACAGCUGUGUGUCUUUAAGAAAAUUGAGAGGCGCCCCAUGCCCUGGCCCUGUCAACUAACCAUUGGCUCCACGUUAUCCAUAAAGAUUGUGGCUUAUAAAUCGAUUAUACAGGAGAGAGUUAAAAAGUCUUGGACAGCUGUGGAUGCAAGAACUCUGAAGAAAGAAGAUAUACAAAAGGAAACAGUUUAUUGCUUGAAUGAUGAUGAUGAAACAGAAAUUAUGAAAGAAGAUAUUAUUCAAGGGUUCCGCUAUGGGAGUGAUAUUAUUCCUUUCUCUAAAGUGGAUGAAGAGCAAAUGAAAUAUAAAUCAGAAGGGAAGUGUUUCUCUGUUUUGGGAUUUUGCAGAUCUUCUCAGGUCCAUAGGAAGUAUUUUAUGGGCAAUCAAGUUCUAAAGGUCUUUGCAGCAAAAGAUGAUGAGGCUGCAGCAGUUGCUCUCUCCUCCCUUAUCCAUGCCCUGGAUGAAUUAGACAUGGUGGCCAUUGUGAGAUAUGCUUAUGACAAGAGAUCAAAUCCUCAAGUUGGUACAGCUUUUCCUUACAUCAAGGAUGCCUAUGAGUGUUUAGUGUAUGUGCAGCUGCCUUUCAUGGAAGACUUGCGGCAAUAUAUGUUUUCAUCCUUGAAAAAUAAUAAGAAGUACACUCCCACAGAAGCACAGUUGAAUGCUGUUGAUGAUUUGAUUGACUCUAUGAGCUUGGUAAAGAAAGAUGAAGAGGAGGAUACUAUUGAAGACUUAUUUCCCACUAGCAAAAUCCCCAAUCCUCAAUUUCAGAGGUUAUUUCAGUGUCUGCUGCACAAAGCUUUACAUCCUCAGGACCCACUACCACCAAUUCAGCCACAUAUUUUGGAUAUGCUGAAUUCUCCAGUGGAAGUAAUGGCCAAGUGUGAGAUUUCUCUGUCUAAAGUAAAGGCUCUUUUCCCUCUGACUGAAGCCAUCAAAAGAAAGGAGCAAAUAACUGCUCAGGAUAUUUUCCAAGACAGCCAUGAAGAAGGACCCACAUCUAAAAAACUUAAGACUGAAGAACCAGAGGUCCCUUUCAGUGUCCAUGGUCUUGCAGAAGGCACAGUCAUCCGUGUUGGAAGUGUGAAUCCUGUUGAAGAUUUCCAUGUGCUCCUGAGGCAGAAGAAUGCCAGCUUUGGGGAAGUGAGCCAACAGCUGAUAAAUCAUAUUGAGCAGUUUGUGGAAACUAACGAGACACCAUAUUUUAUGAAGAGCAUAGAUUGCAUCAAAGCUUUCCGGAAAGAAGCCAUUCAGUUUUCAGAGGAGCAGCGCUUUAAUGAUUUCUUAAAAUCCCUUCGAGAAACAGUGGAAAUCAAACAAUUAAAUCAUUUCUGGGAAAUUCUCAUUCAAGAUGGAAUUUCUCUUAUCACCAAAGAUGAAGCCUCUGGAAGCUCUGUCACAGCUGAGGAAGCCAAAAAGUUUCUGGCCCCCAAAGAAAAUCCAAAGGAAAACAAAGUGGCCAUGUUGGAGGAAGGUGGUGAUGUGGAUGAUUUACUGGACAUGAUAUAGAUCGUGGAUAUAUGACUCUGAGAAUCACCUCACUUUUAUGCUGGGACUUUUGCACAAAGCAGUCCUUUAGAAGCCAUUCACAAAGAACUGGAAAUUCUGGAACUCAUCCCUACAAGUUAUUUGGGCAUGCAUCUCAUAAUUUUUGUUGAAUAAUUGAAUUACUUAAUUACAUGUAUUUUUAAAACUGAUGUAUAAUUUAGACUACAGUUUAUAAACAGUUGUUGUUACU